UCUGUGGGAAGGUAAUUAACUAUUCCAUUUUAGUUUUUUGUCUUUGAAAUGUUUGUCGAAUCUGAUCAGCUGUGAUCGCUCGUUCAGCUCAUCACCCAAGAACACUGUGCCAAGGGCAGAUCCUCACGAAUGGGAAGCUUUGCAAGAUCUAAAUGCCAGGCUCUCUGUGAGCUGUAAGAGAUUAUCAGGGGUCUAAGAGUUCAACAAUGCUUAUAAUUUGAUCAAGAUGAACUUCAACACAUUAGUGUACAGGAAUAUUAACUUGUGCAGCGAUGGAUGGUCUAGAAAACUCGUCUCUGUUCAACGCAUCAAAGAGUUUGGCUGGCCCAGAACAUAAAAGUUUCAUCAAGGAACCCUUUCCUAUUACCGUGCUGAGGCUGGUUUUAUUUGGGGUUAUUUUUCUAACAGCUUUGAUAGGCAAUAUCGUGGUGCUCACCGCACCGUGGAGGAACAAGCGCCUACAAACAUUCAGUUAUUCUCUCAUUAGUUGUCUCGCUUUAGGAGAUUUGAUCAGUACUCUUGGUUUACCGUUUACUCUAGCCACAGAGCAACUACAUUCCAACUGGAUCUUCGGCGAGUUAUUGUGUCAAAUCUUGAACCCAACCCAAGUGGUGUGUGGUAUGGUAACUACCAAUGUUCACACUGCUAUUGCCAUUGAUCGCUUUGUUUCCACUGCUUAUCCUUUCAAAGGCAAGCCAAAGGGGACAGUAACAUGGUUGAUGCUGGUGAUAAUCUGGCUUUCGGCUAUCCUUUGCUCAUUACCAGCUUAUAUAACACGGAGAUUGGAGACGCUCACGAUGAAGAAUGGUCGUGACUUACACUUGUGUGUGGAAGUCUUCCCUGCUUUAAGAUACCAAAAUGUCUACUCGGUUUUUCUUUUUCUUGUAAACUAUGCUAUGCCUAUAAUACUCAUGGGCAUUCUGUACACAAAGGUGGUUAUUUUACUACGCAAGACAAAACAAAACAGAAGGAUAAGCGUAUACCACACUACCAGAAAAACCGGAUCCUCUGGUGGAGCUCACAGACAAGAAAUAUUUCUUUCUAACACACGCGUGGAAAGAAAAUUCAUUCGCAUGGUGUUUAUCGUCAUGAUUGUUUUUGUACUUUGUUAUUUACCAUACCAAGUGAUGUUUCUAUUGAUGGACUUCAAGGUAGCAACAGAAUCGGAAUAUACCUUUAUUUUGUUUGACUACGCGUAUUUUAUCACGUGGAUACCAAAUGCUCUUAACCCUAUCUGUUAUGGAGCCAUGGACAGGUUUUAUGCGAGCGCAUUCGUUAAAUUGUUUGCUUUUUUUAGACGCAGAAAAAAAGGAAAAGAAUCCAGAAUCAAAGAACACGAAAAAGUUUGAGAAAGAAGAGGUUCUCUUAGAAAAAUAAUGCAGAACAAUGUGAAAUUUGAAGGGGUUCUUUUGGAGGAUUCGUAGAGCAAAGAAAGAUGAUUACUUUCAACACCCAGAAUGUAUUGAGCAUAAAGGCUUGAAAGGUAAAUAAAGCAAAAAAAAAAA